CCCUUUUUUCUUAGCCUACAAAAAAUCUGACAAACAAACAAACCAUUCAUUCAUAUCCGAGCUUUCUAGUUCUAGCCCACUCUACUCCCUGCACGCCAUAAAUUUCGUCUGUAUAUCUCCUCGGUCAACCAAGUCAACCAUUCGCUAUCACUACCAGACCCACAAUCUCUACAGUCCAUACUCAACAACCUCACUUACCAAAAUGCUCGAGACAUUCAAGUACCUUAUCGGCUCCGCCGGCGCUAGCGGCUUCGGCUCCAAGUCCACCGCCGAACAAGUCACCGCUUCCUGCUCCGAUCUGCGCUUUUUAACUGCCAUCAUCACAGGUGCCACGUCGGGGAUCGGAGCAGAGACGGCUCGGGUGCUUGCCAAGCGAGGCGUGACACUGGUGCUCCCGGCUCGGAAUCUCAAAGCCGCUGAAGAAGCUAAGGCGCGUAUCGUGUCCGAGUUUCCCGAUUCGAAGAUCAUCGUCAUGAGCCUCGAUCUUAGUUCUCUCACCUCCGUUCGUAGCUUCGUCGCCGAAUUUGAAUCUCUCGAUUUGCCUCUCAAUCUUCUCAUAAACAACGCAGGAAAGUUCGCACACGAACAUGCAAUAUCUGAAGACGGAAUCGAGAUGAGUUUCGCUACGAAUUAUCUAGGUCAUUUUCUGUUAACGAAGCUGUUGUUGAAGAAUAUGAUCAAAACGGCGGAAGAUACCGGCGUUCAAGGGCGAAUCGUGAACGUUUCGUCGAGCAUUCACGGGUGGUUUUCCGGCGAUAUGAUUCGAUUUCUGGAACAGAUAUCCCGAAGCAAACGUUAUUACGACUCAACACGUGCGUACGCUCUCUCGAAGCUCGCAAACGUUUUGCAUACCAAAGAACUCGCUUCCAGACUCAGGCAAAUGGGUGCUAACGUCACUGUGAAUUGUGUUCACCCCGGUAUAGUUCGAACCCGGCUCACCCGAGAACGCGAAGGCUUCAUCACAGAUCUGGUUUUCUUCUUAGCUUCCAAGCUCUUGAAAACAAUUCCUCAGGCUGCGGCUACAACUUGUUACGUUGCAACUCAUCCGAGAUUGUUAAACGCAUCGGGCAAGUACUUUGCGGAUUGCAAUGAAACAUGGACGUCAAAAUUGGGGUCCAACUCCAUCGAAGCUGCAAGGUUAUGGGCUGCAUCUGAAAGCUUGGUUUCAGGAGACUGUAAGUCAGUUUUCAAAAUCAAGGAAAACAAUGAUCAUACUUAGAGAGGUAAUUAGAGUAUGGAGAGAAAGUUUGAAGGGUUAAUUUGAGUUAGGUUGAUGAUAUAUGGAGAAGAGUCAGACGUCCAGGAACAUACAAUAAUAUUUCUAUAAUGUACAGAAAUAUUUUAAAGUACUAGUACUAGUACUAGUUAAAUUAAUGUUAUAAUAUAAGUUGAACGUAUAGAGAUACUUGAUGUAUCCAAGGAUAUAUAAACAUAUAAUAUAUUAUAAA